AAACAUUUUGGAAAAAGCAAUAUAUUGUGUUUAUGUAAACGUUAUUAUGUCAGAUUAGUAGAAGUGGGUCAAUUAAAUGUACCAAAACCUAUUGAAAAAUAUGAAACCGGUCAGUUGUUUUUUCACCGGAUAUUUGGAUACAGAGGAGUGAUAUUGUUUCCGUGGUUAGCCAGAGUAUACGACCGUGAUGUUGUCAUCAAAACAGAAAAGUAUGCAGCGGGAAAAGAUGUUAAAGGAAAGACACACACGUAUUAUCAAACGUUGAUAGAUGAAAGAGAUUGUCCAUUUAUUAGGGCUCAGACAGAAGCUGUUACUUUUCUAGGAAAUCAGGAUACCAGUCGUAGCUUGUAUGCGAUACCUGGUCUAGAUUAUGUAGCUCAAGAAGAUAUACUUCCAUACACAGCAACUGAAAAACAACCAUUACAACAUGAGCUUUUUGAUAAAUUCCUCAUGUAUUAUCCAAAUAAAGAUCCACCAUUUGGGGCUCAAGAAACAUUGCGAUCGUGGCAAAAAAAAAAUCAUCCUUGGCUGGAAUUGUCGGAUGUUCAUAAAGAAACUACAGAAAAUGUUAGGGUUACAGUAAUACCAUUCUACAUGGGUUAUAGAGAAUCUCAAACCAAUUCUGUGUACUGGUGGAGAUAUUGUAUACGAUUAGAAAAUUUAGGUGAACAAAGCGUUCAACUGAGAGAAAGACAUUGGAGAAUAUUUAGCUUGUCUGGAACAUUAGAGACUGUACGUGGAAGAGGUGUUGUGGGCCAAGAACCUCUACUCUCAAAAAAAUCACCAGCAUUUCAGUAUAGCAGUCAUGUCAGCUUACAAGCUCCUAGUGGACACAUGUGGGGAACAUUUCGAAUGGAACGUGAAGAUGGACAUUUAUUUGAUUGUCGAAUACCUCCAUUUUCUCUAGAGAGCAAACCAGAUGAUAAGGUUACAUUUAACACUUUUCUAGACCGUUAAAUGUUGGGUGAUCCAUUCUUAAGCCACUGGUGACUGUUUCAUCUUCUCUGUGUGGACAAUCGUCCUGAAGAUUGCAUACUCAUUGCUGAACUAUAAAUAAAAGUUAUUCAAAAACUGAAGAAAUAAAUAAAUAACAUAAAUAUUUGUAAAAAUAAUUUAUUUAUACAUACAUAAAUAUAUAAUUUUUUUAUUCUUAAUUCUGUAAACUGAUCACAGUGUGAAAACCAGUAGUUAAAUUUGAAUACAUGUUCAUCAGAUUUAUCGGCAUAGUUUUAACUCCAUAACAGAAUGUGCGGAAAGCUUAGCAUUCUUGCCAGUUAUCAUUAUUUAAAAUAAUUUUAAUUUAUAUGUUUGGUCUGUUUGAGCGGUGAUAUUGAUAAAUCAGGUUAUUAGCUUAACAUAGUUUGGCCACAAUUGAAUAUUUUAAAUUAUUAUAGCUUAAGUUGUUUUAAAUUACAAACAUAUUUAUAAGUUUUAACAGAAUCUUUUUUGAAUAGUAAUACCCACUUGAUUAAAUUGUCAAAUUUGGAAACAAUGAUGUUUUGUGUAGCUCUAGAUGACUCCUACAUAUUUAAGUAGUUUAUUUGUGUUUUUCAAGA